AUGGCGGCGCACAUAACCAGAGCUGUGAAACGACUUCUUCCACAGGAGAGCCGUUGGCUCCUGCCCACGGCCUGGCAGUUGUAUGCCGAAGCAUGGCGUCCUCACCAUCACUCUGCAGGCCCCUCGCUGCGCUACAUACCCCGCAGGGCGGUUCUCUACUGCCCUGGCAAUGAUGAGCGAAAAUUGAGGAAACUGGCCUCGUUGGAUGUCGACUGUGCCGUCUUGGACUGCGAGGAUGGUGUAGCCCUCAGCAAAAAGACAGAGGCCAGGGAGACCAUUCCCAGGAUGCUCGCGGAACUGGAUCUGGGUCGGACAGAGAAGUGUGUGAGGGUGAACUCGGUGUCCAGUGGCUUAGCUGAAGCUGACCUGCAGGUCAUCCUGCAGGCUGAGGUUCUCCCUCCAGCCAUCAUGUUACCCAAAGUGGAAGACGCUCAGGAAGUGCAAUGGUUUGUUGACAGGUUUCAGCACAACUUGAAAGGACGGGCACUGACAGAACCCAUUCGCCUGGUCACCUUUGUGGAAACCGCUGUGGGCCUGCUCAAUUUUAAGGCGGUGUGCGAGGAAAUCCGUCGCCUUGCUCCCAGGGCUGGUCUUCACCAUGACGGCGUGGUGUUUGGCUCUGAUGACUUCUGUGCCAGCAUAGGUGCCACACGGACUGAGGAUGCCAGGGAGCUCCUUUACGCCAGGCAGAAGGUGGUCGUGACCACCAAAGCAUUCGGGCUGCAGGCUAUCGACCUGGUCUACAUCGACUACAAAGAUGUGGAAGGGCUGAGGCGGCAGGCCAGAGAGGGAGCUCUCAUGGGCUUCACAGGUAAACAGGUUAUCCACCCAGGGCAGGUCCAGGCUGUACAGGAAGAGUUCUCCCCCAGUCAGGAGAGGGUCCAGUGGGCAAAAGAGCUGAUUGCAGAUUUUGAUCAACAUCAGAAGGAGGGCAAGGGUGCGUUCACCUUCCGCGGCAGCAUGAUUGACAUGCCCUCGCUGAAGCAGGCACAGAACAUCAUAACGCUCUCCAACGCGGUGCCAGAGAAAUAACAAGAAUCCGGAGAGGAGACGGGAGGAACCGCACGGCAAACGGAAAUGCUGCAGGUUCUCAUGACAAAAAGUAGAAGUUGAAAAAACAAAUUAACUUUGUUGCCUGACACAAGAGAACAGUGGGAAUUUUGGUUUUAAUUCAAGGUUUUAAUCAUUGUUGAAAUAUUUUCAUUGAAUUAAUUUGUCAUGGCAGUUGCAGUGAAGUUUUACUGUCACUGUACCCUGGGAUGUGUUCAACAAAACAAACUCUGCACAUAGCGAGGAACAACGGCAAACCUUUGGAAGCCGAGUGUGGAGGAUUAUUGCCCUGAGUGGACACUUUCUUGGCACUCUCUGCAGUGUGUGCGCCAUCAUGUCACUCUCCCGUGUGUGUGUGUGUGUGUGUGUGUGUGUGUGCGUGUG